GGCCGGAUCGCAGAGUCGGUUUCAUGGCUGAUCCAGUGUCAACUUACACUGUAAUGAAAUGUUGUUGAAGCGAUCGAACUGUGGCUGUUUUACCUGUAAAAUGCUGCAGAGUCGAUUUCAACCACGACCUCAGAUAUGAUCCAACAAUGCAGGUUAACAUCUGUGUGUGUUGCUGCAGCUCCAGCCUGGUUCUGCUCCUCUGCCACCACAGCUGACGGACAUGGACCGACAGGAACCUUGCAGGUGAACGGACAUCAGGUUAUGAAUCAUGGUGAAUGGAGGAUUUGAUCGUAAUGCAAAGGAUGAACAGAGACAUUGAUAAUAAGGUUGUCGUCGACUCUCAUCACUCCACUAUGAGACUAAUGGAGACUUAAGCUCGACGCUGGAGUUCUCUAAUCAAAUUUUGCUCCUGAGGGAAACUGGAAGGUAAACGCUGUUUGCCAUGCGUAUCAGUUUCUGCCAGGGCCUGUUAUCUGGCGCCAUCCUUCUCAACCUCCUCAUCCUCUACUAUGUGUCCCGGGCCCAGCAGCAAAUGAUGGAGAAGAGGAAGGAACUGGGUAGGGGUACCAGGAGGGCCGCCCUGCCGGCCUCUGGUCUUGGGGGGGGCCUAGGGUUACUUGCAGGAGCUGGAGGUGAGCCCGGAGUGGCCGGGGGAGAGGGACACAACCGUGCCUCACGUGUGACUGUUCUUCUGCGGGAGUUUGAAAACUUUGAAAAUUACGUUGGGGAUGUGGCCAAUUCCUUCCUCCGCCAGAGACCUGAGCUUCCUUUCCUGGCUGUGGCGGACACGCCUCCGUACCCCCCCCUGGUGCUCUCAGAGGGGGCUCGGCUUCUCGUGCUCUCCCCCAGCCCAGACCAGCCUCCCCAGGCUCACAGGCCGGAGUUCCACGUCCAGACCGAGUUCGUCCUGCUGGUGCCUGACGGCGUGGAGCUGGAGCAGCCUCGGGCUAUAGAGAGGCUGAUCAGGGAGCUGGAGGGUGAGGGGGGGGGGCCCGUGAGGCUGGUGGCUGCACCGGUGCUGUCUCGAUCUGCCGUGCAGUGUCUCCACCUGCGGGUGAACCUCAGAGAGUGGACAGCUACCUACUCCCCAGCGGCGUCUGGUAGCAGUGGGAGUGUGUGCACGGCUUUACAAGGAGAUGCAGUCGUCCUCAUCCGCACUGAGGAUCUCUUCAACCUCUCCGUCCCUCUGGGGCGACCCCUCUUCUCCUCCCUCUUCGUUCAGACUGCCUUGAGGGGCUGGAAGGUCAAGCUGCUGGAGAGCCCCUGUUUCUCCGCAGGCCACCGGCCCCUCUUCAACUCCGCUCACAACCAGUGGAAGGCCGAUACUCGACUGAAGGAGGCCACUGGGAAGCUCAUGAGGAGCUUUGGUCUCAAGCGCCUCCUGCUGUCCGACGGGAAGGAGCAGUGGCACGGCUGCAGCAAAGAGACGCCUCGCUGCUUUGGCACCGUGCAGGAGGACACUCCCGACUACCUGUAUCUGGAUCGAUGGACUCCUCCCUGCUGCCUGCGAGCGCUCAGGGAAACCACCAAGUAUGUCAUCAAUAUCCUGGAGAGCUCGGGGGUGCGCUACUGGCUGGAGGGGGGGACUCUGCUGGGCGCCAUUCGCCAUCAAGACAUCAUCCCGUGGGAUUACGACGUGGACCUGGGCAUUUACCUGGAGGACGUGCCCAACUGCGAUCACUUAAAGAACCUGGACUCGGGCUCUCUCGUGGAUGCUAACGGCUACGUGUGGGAGCGGGCGGUGGAGGGGGACUUCUACAGGGUCCAGUACAGCGAGGCCAACCACCUGCACGUCGACCUGUGGCCGUUCUAUCCGCGCAACGGCGUCAUGACAAAGGACACGUGGACAGAGCACAAACAAGACGUUGAGUUCCCAGAGCACUUCCUGCAGCCGCUGAUCCCCAUGACCUUUGCCGGCGUCACUGCCUACGGCCCCAACAACCACCGGGCCUUCCUGGAGCUGAAGUUCGGAGAGGGGGUGAUCGAGAACCCCCAGUACCCCAACCCUUCCAAAAAGAGGCUGGACAGAAGCAAAUUAUGAGAGACUAAAUAUGUGGUACUGUAUUUGUUUGUUACAACACUUGAAAAACAACAUCAUUUGUUUUUUUUUAAACAGCCUGAAAGAUGAUACCUGGAAACUCAUGUGGUGCCUCAAUGACUGACUGACAACUGUAUCGACUGGAAACUGUAUAAUCACAAGUCUGGUCAGAUUCUCUCGCUAUUAUCUAGAACCCGACCGAUAUGAACUUCUCACGGACAUAUCAGUAUCAUUGUUAUGUUUGUCGAAAAGAUACAAUACAGACAAUAUGAGCAUUUACAUGGGCAAUUGUUUAUUUUGAUUAUUUCACUUUAUAUAUUUUGGGUUAUUUGUUUGUGUUUAUUAUUUAUUUAUAAUAAAGUUCAUGGUUAAACUGUAUAAUUUAUUUUUAUCGCAAGGGGUCAAUAACGGCACAGAAAUCAUUGCCAAUUUUUUGUUUUAUAUAUAUAU